AUGGGCAAUGACAAAAGGGCAAAUGAGGAAGAUGAAGCUGUAUUACACAAGAAGGAACCAGAGAAGCUUGAAGAGAAGAAUGACCAGCCACAAAAUUCAAGGAAAGGGAAGCAAGUAACAGAGGAACCAUCUCAAGAACAAAGGCAAGAAGUGAAAGCUCACGCACCCCCCUUGCCAUACCCUCAAAGGUUCAACAAGGAGAUCAAGGAUCAACACUUCCCCAAAUUCCUUAAAGUCUUCAAGAAGUUGGAGAUUAAUAUCCCCCUGGCUAAAGCAUUAGAGCAAAUGCCUCUAUAUGCAAAGUUCUUAAAAGAGCUUAUCAAUAAAAAGAGAAGUUGGCAUGAGAAGGAAACCAUUAUGCUCACUAAGGAAUACAGUGCUGUGAUUCAAAAGGGCCUCCCACCAAAGCUCAAGGACCUUGGGAGCUUCUUCUUACCUUGUACCAAUGGUAGCCUAACCAUUGAUAACGCACUAUGUGACUUUGGAACAAGCAUCAACCUAAUUCCUUAUUCCAUGAUGAGAAGGAUGUGCAUAAAAGAGGUAAAGCCCACACAAAUGUCACUAGAGCUCGUGGACAAAUCAUUGGUAAUUCCUAGAGGAGUGAUUGAAAACCUCCUGGUCCAAGUAGGGACAUUCAUAUUUCCUGUAGACUUUGUGAUCCUAGAUCUAGGAGAAGAAGGGAGUGACUCUAUUAUCUUGGGAAGACCCGUCUUGGCCACAGCAAGGGCUAUCAUAGAUGUUGAACAAGGAGAGCUGACCCUAAGGGUACAUGAUAAAAGCAUUAAUCUUAAUGUAUUUCUAGAAACAUAG